AUGAGAUUCGACUGCAUAGAGCGACCUAUCGCUCACUUCUUCGAGGCCUAUGGACGCUUCAUUUCACGCCAUCCGCUUCCAUUCAUCGUGUUGCCGAUGCUCUUCACGGCGACCAUGUGCGCCGGCUUUCUGCACAUGAAACCCAUCACCGAUGCCGUCUAUUUAUUCACACCAGUAGGAGCCGAGUCGAAAAUGGAACGACAGUCGAUUCACGAGAAGUGGCCACUCUAUCAGGACAAUUACAUUCCAGGAAGGGCCGUAACGGAAGCGCGAGAAGUUCAGAUCACCGUUCUUGCGAGAGAUAAUGCCAAUAUUUUGGAGAAACCCUACUCCGAAGCUGUUUAUCGACUUGAUCAAUUCAUAGAGAAUCGCAUCAGUGUUACUUAUAAAAACAAAGUUUACAGAUAUGCGGACCUCUGUUUGUCCUACAAGUCGGCAGGCUGUCCCGGAAAUAAACACGUGCAUCUACUCUCGGAAAUCUACCAACGAGGAGUGAACAUCACGUUUCCCACAUUCCGGAUUGGAACAGAAAGUGGAUACUUGGGCAGUUCGUUGGGUGGUGUGCUUUUGGGGCACGAUGAGAAAAACAGGACGAUUCUAGCGAAAGCCCGUUCUUGGUUCCUCAUCUAUCACAUGAAAUUUCAUCCAACCAAUAUGAGCUAUAUUUCGGGAUUGUUUGAAAACGAACUAGUUCGACAACUAAAAAAUUAUCCAGAGGAUCCAUACAUUACUUUCACCUAUUUCCAUUCGCAAACGCUGGCCGACGAGUUGAAAAGAAAUGCUGAUUCUUUAGUUCCUCGUUUCGCUGUGGCUUUCAUGUUGAUGUUGCUCUUCACAGCGUUGUGUGCUAUUGGUUUUGUCAAUGGAACCCUUGCUAUUGAUUGGGUACUCAGUAAACCGAUUCUUUCAAUUCUCGGAGUUUUCAAUGCCGGUAUGGGUAUUCUCACGGCGAUUGGUGGAGGUCUUUUACUCGGUGUCCCCUACAAUGAUAUUGUUGCCGUGAUGCCAUUUCUUGUCGUUGCGGUCGGAGUUGACAAUAUGUUCUUAAUGGUUUCCGCUGUUCGCCGUACGCCACGAACUCACACAACGGGUCAAAGAAUGGGCGAAUGUCUUUCUGAUGCAGCUGUCUCGAUUUUGAUCACUGCACUCACGGAUGCGUUUUCUUUUGGAGUUGGAACAAUCACAUCGAUCCCAGCCGUACAAAUCUUCUGCAUUUACACUUGCUUAGCAAUCUCCGCAACAUUUGUCUAUCAGAUUACAUUCUUCGCCGCGUUGCUUUCAGUUUACACGCGUUGGGAGGGAAGAGGAUUGAAUUCGGUGUUUUUGUGCAAGACGGUGCCAGCCGACCAAAUUGAAGGUGCAUCGAUUCUGACAAAAUUGUUCAACAUUGGUUCAAGGCCGGCGCUUAAUGAAAAGAAAGGCAUGCAAAAGGCUGUCUACGAAGAUGAUCCAGCAACCACUCGUUUCUUUACAAAUUGGUUUGCCCCGAUCCUGAUGCAUCCGGUGGUGAAAGGCCUCGUUCUUGUUUGGUUCAUCAUCUAUCUGCUCAUUUCCGGAUAUGGAUGCUCAAAGAUUAAGGAAGGACUUGAGCCAAUCAAUCUACUCGUUCAAGACUCUUAUGCGAUCCCGCAUUACAAGAUGUUACAGCAGUAUUUCUGGAAAUACGGAGCCACUUUACAGCUUGUCGUCAACAAUGCACCAGACAUGAGAAAUGCGACAGAAAGGAGACGAUUGAAAACAAUGAUUACCGAAUUCGCCUCUUCUAAACACUCAUGUGGUCCAGAUUCAAUCCAAUAUUGGGCAGACGAGAUGGAAAUUUAUUACAAGUCGAUAAUGCCGAUCAACGAUGUCGCAUUUUACGGGCAACUUAUCCAUUGGCUGGCCUCGAAGAAUCCGAACACUUGGGAAGCAGAUAUAUUUUGGCAAAACAACACUCAUGGAGAAUUGGUUGUUCGCAGUUUCCGUUUCUUAAUUGGUAUACGCGACAUUCAAUCGACGACCGGACAACAAGCGGCCACGCAAUUGAUGCGACAAAUCGCUUCUCAUUGGCCUGAGUACAAUGUAACCUCGUUUAUGCCGUUGUGGCUCUUCACCGAUCAAUAUGCGAUUGUGAUUCCGAACACUAUACAAAAUAUCUGGAUAGCUCUCUUGGUGAUGAUCAUUAUUGCUUUUAUCCUCAUUCCUCAGCCCUUCUGUGCGCUUUGGGUUGCCAUGGCUUGUGCUUCAAUCGACUUCGGAGUCAUUGGUUUCAUGACACUUUGGGAUGUGAACUUGGAUGCCAUUUCGAUGAUCACAAUCAUCAUGUCGAUCGGAUUCUCAGUCGACUAUUCUGCUCACAUAACCUAUGGAUAUGUGGUGUCCUCGCAACCAACACCAGCUUUGAAGAUUCGAGAGGCUCUUGGUUCACUUGGAUGGCCACUUUUCCAAGGAGGUUCUUCAACUAUUCUUGCCAUGGUUGUUUUGGCUGAUGUGCCGGCUUACAUGGUGGUCACCUUCUUCAAAACAGUUUUUCUUGCGAUCUCCAUUGGUUUAUUGCACGGCUUGAUCUUUUUGCCAGUGUUCCUAUCAAUCUUUGUGCGCGGUUGCUGCAUAAUUCCGUUGCCGAAUGAUCGAGGACAGGAGGGACACCAAGUAGUACCAAAGGCAAAGAUGUCGACAAUUACCACUAUUGCUAGAGCUGCUUCCCUUGAGUCGGCUCCCUUCUCACCAAUCAUGAAAGCUGCGAAUUUGGUGUGUCGAGGCGAAUUCAUUGAAAGUCAUACAUCGACUCCGGUCAAUCAACUUCGAACAUUACGGCAUAGGACUCCUCCGCAUGAUCAACAAUUGAUCGUCGAGGUGAGAAAUCAUGCUAUGACAUCGAUUUCACCAAAGAAUUCAACACGAUUUCGAAGAUUCGCCGAUGAAGAAUGCCCAUGUGAAUUCCCGAAAGGACCGCCCGGUCUACCCGGACGUCACGGAUUUGAUGGACAACCCGGGGUUCCAGGUGCACCUGGAAAACCGGCUCGUUUACCGUGUGAUGCGCCGAUCGAUUACUCGAUUCAUUGCCCUGAUCCGUGUCCGACUGGAGUUCAGGGGAAACCCGGAUCACAAGGUCCAUCAGGUGAUAAAGGAGAACAAGGGGUGAAAGGAGAGCGCGGGAAAAAUGGAAAUGACGGGAAAAAGGGACGAAAGGGUGAUUUAGGACCGAGAGGAGUACCCGGUUUGGAUGGAUUGAUCGGGGAUUCGGGCGAAGACGCGAUGCCGUCUCCAUUCAUUCCGGGAUCACCUGGGGAAAUUGGAGAAAUUGGACCACGAGGACCGAUUGGUGAGUUGUUUUUC